GCUGACUUUCACGCGAUUGUUUAUCUGUAUCACACGCGUGACGUAGAUCGUAGGUUAUGUAAUACGAACACAAUAGUUUGGCGGUAUCUUGCCAAUCUUGAAUUUGCCACGAACCACUCGAAUAUAAUUUCUCUGUGGGUCGUAUGUGGCUAGUAGAAUGUGAACACAAAAAAAUCCAUACGAGGAUACAAUCUUAAAAAAACGAGAUUUCGAGAUUUACUCAAAUAUAACCUAUCAUUUGUGAAAAUGAUUGUCAAAUUCGAAAAGAUAAUAAGUUGUUCCUCGGAACACCCGUUGUAUCCUGCCGCCAAUCUUCUCCAACGUAAUUCAGAAAAUUGGAAAGCUACAUGGCGGUGUAGCAAACCAGGAGAAAUGCUGGCACACGUCAUCUUUCAGCUCGCUGAGCCCUCUUAUAUCACCGGAGUCGACAUUGGCAAUUAUCAGAGUUGCGUGGUCAUUGUCACUGGAUCUACAUCGUCGGAACCUGACAAUUGGAUAGUUAUCGUCAACCACAAGUUCAUGACAAAUGAUGAAGCUGCAAACGAUAAAUUUAAGGAUCAAGUUCAAUUAUUUACUAAAAGAGAAUUAAAUCCAGAUACUUUGAAGAUUAAAUUUGACCGAAUCAAAGUUACUUGCAUGCAAUCGGCUAAUUUAAAAGUUUUGUUUGGAUUAUCGUAUGUCAUUUUGAGGUCAGAUCCCACAAUCGAUUUAGGCUUGGACGCAUUUGGCAAAUUUAAAUUGAAACAACCACAUGUCGUCAAGACACCCAUGGAAAUGAUGAAGGAAAAAAUUCUUAACCAAACAGAAACUACUAAGACAGAUUAUAAGAAAGAAUUACGUGAGCAAAUAAAAAAAGAUUCAAUGGAGAAUUUCGUUAAGUGUCAAGAAGGACAAAAACUUGUCAAGCGACCAUUAUUAGAAAAGUUAGAAGCUGGAGAAGCCGAUCAAGUUUUUGGGAAAAACGACAAGACUCAACCACAAUGUUUAAAAGAUAAAGAUAAGACAUUUAAUAAAAGUCCCAAAAAUGGCAAAAAUGUAUCAAACGAAAAAGUGAUGAGAACUCCUUUUGGAGACGCUAUACCUUCACAAAAUAUCGAUGCUAAUAAAGGUAAUAUAAAAAAUACAACUCAGAGUAGUCCUUCGAGUUCUAAGAAACGCUCUUUGAGCAAACUGGAGAAUUCGCCAAAUGUAAAAUUCAGGGAAAAAAAGAAAUGGAAGUGCUCCGAGUGUUGUGCAGAAUCACAGGAUCAAUUAUGUACAACUUGUCAACGAUUGCCACAGCCCAAAGACAUUGAAAAUGCUCCUUCGCAGGGAAGCGCCAGGGUUCUUGCAAAAUCCAAAAAAUUAUUUAAAGAAUUACUCAACGACGUUACAUUCUCUCUCAGCGGAUACGUUAAUCCACAGAGAGACGAAAUUAGAAGAAAGGCUCUUAACAUGGGUGCUAGGUAUAUUCCUGAUCCAAAUACAACUAAUAAAAAAUGUACUCAUUUGAUAUGUGCUUUUAAAAAUACACCAAAAUACCAGCAAUUCAAAAAUCACACGAAAAUUAUUUCUCAUACUUUCAUCGAUGAAUGUUUUGAUAAACAAAAGAGAUUCCCUUGGAGGCGAUACGCUUUAGAUCAAAAGGAAAAAUUGCAACCUGAAAGUGAAGAAGAAAUUGAUGGUGAUCAGUCGGAAUCUGUAUAUGACAUGGACACCGAUGCCGAUUCAGAUUAUUAAGAUUUCGAUUUAAUUACAUUCUGAACUUUUUUUUUAUUUUUUAUUGUUACCGAUUCGUAACGGAUAAGGUGUGCCUUGAAGAUAGCUGUUAAAUGUAUAAAAGUUCAUAAAAAAACUCGCACAUCUUGUUAUGGAUGAUUCUUUUAAAGAGAGUAAAAUAUUAGUUUGUCAGUUAUCCAUUAUACAAAUUGUAAAAUGAUUGUACGUCCACAUAACGUUGGAUUAAGGAUCAAAAAAGUAUUAUAUCUGCGAUAUAUAUAUAUAUCUAUUCUCUCUCUAUUCACAAGUUUAUAUUUUGAAUUUGCAGUACACUAGCUGCACGUAAAAUUUAAGGGAAAAUAGAAUAUACACGAGCCAAGUUUAUAACACGUAUCCUAACGAAAGUACAUAAUUUUUCUACCUAAUAUAAAUAUAUAAUUUGAUAUCGAA